AUGGCAGGAGGGGCGAAGAAGCCUGUCAACAUCUUCCGUUUGAAGAAUCUAGGGGAACCAAAGGAGAUCUUCAACUGGAGGCUAUGGUUUGCAGUCAUCUCUUUCGGAUUGAUGGGCGCAGCUCGUGGUGUGGACGAGGGCUUGAUCUCUGGUGCAUUCAACUCAAAGGAUUUCCAAAGAUACAUCAACUACAGCUCUUACAGCACUGUUGAGCAAACCAACAUCAAAGCCAAUGUGUCGUCCAUGGUUCAGAUCGGAUCAGUGGGAGGCGCUCUCUUCGCGUUUUUAGUCUGUGAUCGAAUCGGUCGUACUUGGGCUACCCGUCAGCUGUGUAUCCUGUGGAUCCUUGGAAUCGCAAUCUUCAUGGGAAAUAAUGGUAGUCUGGGUGCUGUCUAUGCUGGAAGAUUUAUUGCUGGUCUUGGUGUGGGCCAGACUGUGGUUGUCGCUCCAGUUUACUUGGCUGAGAUCGCACCUGCCUCGAUUCGAGGACUAUGCACAUGUGUCUUCACUGGAUUUGUUUAUCUCGGUAUUGUAUUGGCCUAUUUUGCCAAUUACGGGUGCCAGGUGAACAUCGGCGACAAUACACACAAGAGAUGGGAAAUCCCCACCAGUCUCCACGUCAUUUUUGCCGGCUUAAUCUUUAUUCUGUCCUUCUUGCAAUAUGAGUCGCCCAGAUACCUCAUUAAAAAAGGCGAGCCGGAGAAGGCUCUAGCAAAUCUCAGCCGAAUUCGCAAUCUACCUCCAGAUCAUGAAUAUGUCGUGCGGGAGUUUACUGACAUCGAUGCCGCACACCAAGCCGAGAUGGAGGCAACUAUGGGCUCUGGGCCUCUAGGAAUUAUUAAAGAAGCCUUCUGUAUUCCCUCCAACCUCUACCGUAUCUACAUCGCCCUGAUGGCUCAACUCCUGUCCCAAUGGUCCGGGGCAGGCUCAAUCACAGUCUACGCCACAGAUCUCUUCAAGCUAUUGGGAAUCACCGGAAAUAACGAGAACCUGCUCGUCACAGCUAUCUUCGGAAUCAUCAAGCUAGUAGCCGCCGUUCUCUGUGCUCUGUUCUUGGUUGAUGUGAUUGGCCGCAAGCGAGCAUUGCUUCUAGGAAUCACUUUCCAGGCAAUCUCUAUGAUCUACGUCGCCGGUUUCCUGACCGCGGUGCCAGAAAUGGGCGUCGAUGAUAGCUUCAAACUUCCAGCCCACAAAAAGGGUGCUAGCCAGGGAGCCAUUGCUAUGAUCUAUAUCUCUGGAUUUGGCUGGGCACUUGGCUGGAACUCCAUGCAAUAUCUCCUAACAGCCGAAUUAUUCCCGCUCCGCAUUCGUGCUCUAGCUACGUCCCUUGCGAUGACAUUGCACUUUGCCAACCAAUACGGCAACUCGCGAGCAGUUCCAAAUAUGCUGCUUCCUGUCGCCCAGGGCGGUAUUGAUCCUAAGGGUACAUUCUGGUUUUUCAGUAUCGUGACGGUGAUUGGUGGAAUAUGGGUCUGGUUUAGCAUUCCAGAGACGGCCGGUCGUUCUCUGGAGAGUAUGGAUCGGCUCUUUGCCUUGCCGUGGUAUCAAAUCGGUCGCCAUGGUAAUCAAGAUGCUGAGGAUCGUGACCAAGUAAUGGAAAGUAAAAUGGAGAUGGUCGGAACUAGUCAACAUAUUGAGAAGCAAGAUGCUUCAGCUCGAGUUUAG